AUGAGAUUCUCAUCCAGUAAGGUCCUCGUGGCUCUUCUGGCAACUCUUGCAUUCACAAGUUUGGUCAAAGUACAGGGACAGGGACAAGGACAGGGACAACAAUCAGAUACAGAUUGGUUAGGGAACGAUUCUGGUUAUGAAGGUGAUGAUUCGGAUGAGCCUCCUCCAAGGGAUGUACCUUUAGUCCCUCAGGUCUUCAAGAUCACAAACUUGCUUCGUACAGUUGAUCUGUCAAAGCCCAUUGUCCGAGAAGUCACUUCUGUAGCCAUCUUGAACAUUGGAACCGAAAGCGUCACGGACUAUUAUUUCCCAUUGGAUUCGGGUUAUCUAAAGAACUUGGCCUUUAUCAAGGCUGAGAACAGAAAGACAAAGGAGCCUUUAGAAAUGACUAGAGAUCCAAAGGACUAUCAAUACUACCACAUCAAGCUGUCAGCACCUCUUCCCCCAAAUGAAAAGACUCAGAUCACGGUGACAGCCCACUUCACGAACCUCGUCCGUCCUUUCCCGACUCAUGUUAAACAAGGGGAGCGUCAACAAUUCUCGUACUUUGGAAACUCGUUCGCUCUCACAGCUUACCCUGCUGCUAAGCAAAAGACGACCAUUGUUGCACCCACCAGCACGUUGGAGAUUUUGUUUCAUCUGGAGGAGAAUGUGCCCACUGUCACAGCCAACCAGGUUGUUCUUGGACCCUUCACUAAUGUUGAGCCAUUGGAGCAUGGCAUCUUUGAAGUCCAAUACCAACUCCCAGGACCUUUGCCUCAUGUUCGUCAUCUUCGUCGCGAUAUUGAGAUCUCUCAUUGGGGCAACAACCUCGCUGUUGAGGAGCAUUACAAUCUUAUCAACCGAGGAGCUUUGUUGGAGGGUCAGUUUAACAGAUUGGAUUAUAUGCGUAACCCGGUGACACUUCGUGAAGGCAACAUGAUUACAGCAUUCAGAGCCGAGAUCCCCAAGUUGGCACGCGAUAUUUAUUAUCGUGAUGAGAUUGGCAACAUUUCAACCUCGGCCAUCUUACAUCAACCUGAUAAUAUUUUGCUCACAUUCAAACCUCGGUUCCCGAUCUUUGGAGGCUGGAAUACGACUUGGUACAUGGGCUAUAAUGCUCCCUUGAAUGAAUAUCUUCGUCGUGUUCCAGGAACUGACAAGUAUAUCCUCAAGUUCCCUGCUGUGGUGCCAUUGGCUCAAACCAGCUAUACCGAUAUUGAUAUCCGCAUCAUUCUUCCAGAAGGAGCCAAAAACGUCAACGUGCAAUUGCCUUAUGAGGUGGAUGCGGUUGAGAAUUCGACAACAAAGACAUAUAUGGAUAGUGCUGGACGACAUACAGUGACGAUCUAUGCGCACAACCUGAUUGAAGAACAUGGACGACUGGAGAUGUUGGUGGAAUAUGAAUACUCUGCAUCGUCAUACCUCAUCAAACCAUUUGCUGCGGCCUCAAUGUUGAUGGUUAUCUUUGCUACAUCAAUGGUCUUUUCCAGAUUGGAUUUCAGGAUUGGACAAUCCGUUUUGAAGAAGUAA